AUGGGAGACAGUGCGGCUACUAGCCGGAAUGGCUCAGCCGCCGGCACUGGCAAGAAACAAAUCUUGCUUAAUGCUUUUGACAUGUCAACAGUGGGACAUCUGUCCCCUGGACAAUGGAAGAAUCCCAAAGACAAGUCUGCGACCAAGCGAACACUCGGGUACUGGAUAGAGUUGGCGAAGCUGUUGGAGCGCGGUGGAAUCAACGCAUUGUUCCUGGCAGAUACAACUGGAGGUCAUGAUACCUACGAGGGCAAACUGGACGAGUGUAUUCGGCGUGCAGCACAAUGGCCGGUCACCGAUCCUACAAUCCCCAUUUCGGCAAUGGCUGCAGUGACAAAGAACCUGGCGUUUGGCAUCACGGCCUCGACUUCAUUCGAGCAACCUUUUUUGCUGGCUAAGCGCUUUUCAACCUUGGACCAUUUGACCAAUGGCCGACUGGGUUGGAACAUCGUGACCUCAUAUAAAAAAGCGGCUUUCAAAGCCAUUGGUCUGGAUAGUCCAAUUGAGCAUGACGAACGGUACCGCCAGGCAGAUGAGUAUUUGAGGGUGCUCUAUAAACUGUGGGAGGGUUCCUGGGCUCCAGAUGCCUUGUCGCCCAACCCCGAAGCAGACACGUACAUAGACCCGGAUAAAGUCCGGCAGAUCAACCACAAGGGCAAGUACUUCUCAUUGAGCACACGACACAUCGUCGACCCGUCUCCGCAGCGGACGCCGUUCCUUUUCCAGGCAGGGACUUCACCUGCAGGAUCGGAAUUUGCUUCGACACACGCUGAGGCAAUCUUUGUCUCUUCCCAUUCGCCGGAGGUGUUGCAGCCGAAGAUCGCAAAUAUCCGCAAGUUAGCCGCAGAACGAGGCCGUGAUCCACAGUCAAUCAAGUUCUUUGGUACAUUCACGCCCAUUGUAGGCGAGACCGACGAAGAGGCAUGGGAGAAGUACGAGGAGCUGAAGAAGUACGCCUCGGUGGUUGGAGGACUGGUUCUUUUCAGCGGGUGGACGGGCAUUGACAUUUCCAAAAUCCCACUGGACCAAGACAUCACGGCUUCAGACUCAUUGGAGGCAAACAAAGUCACUAGCUUGCUUGACUCAUUACUCACAACUAGCAAGGAGAUCCCGCGCUGGACGCCUCGCGUAGUUGCUGAGAGGGCUGCAAUCGGUGGUCUUGGCCCGGUGGCUAUUGGAAGCCCUGCUACUGUUGCCGAUGAGAUGGAGCGUUGGAUCCGAGAAGCUGACCUCGAUGGGUUUAAUCUUGCCUAUGUCACCACGCCUGGCACUUUCGAGGAGGUGGUUGACCUGCUCAUCCCCGAACUGAGGCGACGCGGGCUUUAUCCUGAGCUUCCAGACCCCUCAGAGCCACCUCUCACGGCCCGUGAGAAAGUCUUUGGCAAGGGACAGAAAGAGCUCAGGUCUGAUCAUAUUGGAAACAAGUACAAGUACGAUGUGUAUCAGGAGGAGGAGCCUUAUGUUGACGGUACCGAGGAAAACUGA